UAUAGCCUUUGCAGACUUCCUGAGAAAACGCUGAGAAACACACUCACUUUCCUUUGCGCCCAGAACCGGACGGUUUUAGCCAUUUCAGCAGGGGUCCCAGAUAACCAUGAUCCCAAAGUAUUCCUUGAUGGGGCCUUUCAGAGGACACAUGAGUAUCAAAAGUAGCUCCUUUUCUCCCAGUUCUUCAUGCAAGUUGUCAAGCCAGUACAUCAUUCAAGAUCACAUGUCUACACAUUACAGAAAAUUGCUAUCUGCCAAAGCUGCUGUUGAUUCAUCUGCUCCAAAGAGUUUGAACACGAGCAUUAAAUACCAGGACCAGCAGAAAAGAGAGAUGCUCAUUAAAGCAGUUGAGAAAUACAAGAAAGAAAUGUCCCGGAUCCCUUCUGGACCUCUAUGUCAUCCCAGGAGUGUUUCCACGGAGAAUUGUAAAUGGUUACAGAACAGCCCGACUUACACUUCCAGUGGACGAAUGCGAUCCUUGAAAAAAACAGAGCCGCACUCUCCACCGUGUUUCAAGAAGAUGCUUUCGAGUAGUCAUUCCCCAGUUUUGAGAGCAGAGGAGGCCAUCCAUGAUAUUGUCCAGUGGUCUUUAUCUCAGACUCAAAACAGUGGCAGAAGUAUAUUCCCACAAGGUCCUCUUUCACCCACCAAGUCUCGCAUGCCAGUUCUGAGCCAUACCAGAAGGGAGAAGCUUCAAAUCCGUCAGAAGAAUUUUUUUGCUGCUGAUCUCCUGGACAGACAUGCACAGUGGUUCACUGAAACUGUGCAGCCUUUUACUCCCAGAGUUUUAAAAACAGCAAGCAAGCCAUACCUUUCAAAAUACAGGUAUUAUAAUGGCCCACAUGGAAAGAAAAGUCCCUCGCUUCAUCAACAACCGUUCAAAAGACCAAAUAAGUUUAACAGGUCUUCGGAAGAUGAAUGUCUAAGAUCUUAUGGAGAUUACUCUGUGAGGCAUCCAGUCAAGAAACACCCACAUAACUCAAUUUCUCUUCACUCACUGCUUCUUGCAAAAGAAGAAGAGUUGAAGUACCUUCAGUUUCUCCAGGAACUUGCAGCUGACAUUUUGAGGAGAAGCUGCUACCGCAAGGAGGCAGUGAGUGAUGUGUUUCAGAUGCACACUAGAAAGAGAAGGUAUGACCUUGAUGAGGUAAAAAUGCGAAGAAUUUUUCAAGCCCUGAAGGAUGAUUUGAACAUCUGCCCUCAUCUGCCAGAUUCUCCUGUCUGUUACACUUGCUUGAAGCACAGGAGAAGCUGUCUAAACACAGCCACCACCUUUUAAGUCUCAAAUGGUCUUCUGAAACAUUGGACUCAAACAAGCAUAACAGACUUUAUAAUAAGAGAGGAAGGAAAUUUACAAUGUAGAGAGCCAUUCAGAGUACUGUAGACAUUAAUUAAACUUAACUUGAAUAAUUGUACUAUCUGAAGAAAAUUGCGGUUGAAUCCUAGAUUUCUCCAUGCAAACUUUUUAAAUAUUCUAUGUACUAAUAGUUAACUCAUUCUGACUGUUGGUAACAGCAUCAUCCAUGAACAAAAGGGAGUGGUCAGUAGGCUUGGGGGAACUCUAAAAUGCCCUGAGGCCACUGGUCAGCAACUAUCCAAACAGCCUCCUUCCAUGGAUCAACUUGUCAGAUGCAGCAUUGCAAUUUUCUAGAUGAAAGCAAAAACAAUUCUGAUUCAGUCUUUGUGCUAAUUUUUCCUGGAAUGAAUAAUGUAGGAGGAACUCAUCACUGGCUACUUCCAGACACAAUGACUACAUCACUUCUUACUUCUCGUCAUUGAGUAUAAUUUUAUGUUCUGAAAAGAAGUUGGUUUGAGCAGAGUCAUGUGAAUGAGCUAACAAGGACAUAAAUUGAAGGACCAGAAUUGGAGGCACAAGGAGAUGCUGAAAAUGAACUGGUUGCAUUUUAAAAGUUCAUCAGGAGAACUGUACAAAAUGAAAAGAAGGAUGCAACUGUUUCAGCCAACUUUGGUUAAAACGCAAGCUAAAUGCAGCGGUACCUCGCAAGACGAAAUUAAUUCAUUCCACAAGUCGUUUCGUGUUGCGAUAAUUUCGUCUUGCGAUGCACGGUUUCCCAUAGGAAUGCACUGAAAUUUAAUUAAUGCGUUCCUAUAGGCAAAAAAAAGUCAGAACAAAGUCAACCGUCAGCCUGAUGGGGACAUAAGAACGCGAGAGGGGCGUGAGGCGCCGCUGCCCUCCGGGGUUCCUGCAGGUCUGUCCCUGCGGCGCGCUCACUUCCCCUUCCCCCAGCUCGCCCUCCAGCCUCGCGUCCGGCGCCAACUCGCCCAGGAGCAGCCAUAGCAGCCACACGGCUGCUCCGGAAAGUUUUACAGCUCUGCUGAGCGCCUCCAUCUCUCGGCCCAAGCCUGGCCCAGGCCCAGGCAGCUGUGCGGGCGGGGAGGGGGAAGCAGGAGGAGGGCCAGGGAGAGGCUCCCUCCCUCCUUCCCCAGCAGCCGGACCCUCGCGCCCAACCAGACAGACAGCCUGCCUGCCGUUUAUGCGCUCGCUCUCCUGUUCGCACGCUGCCUCUGGAGGCAAGGUGGUGAGGCUACUUCGUCUUGCGAGGCACGGCCAUAGAACAAUUCGUCCUGCGAGUCUCCCAAAAAACCGCAAGACAUUUUCGUCUUGCAAGUUUUUCGUUGGGCGAAGCAUUCGUCUGGUGAGGUACCACUGUAUAAUGAAAUGGACUUUGAGUAAUGUGAGUGAAUCGGUGUUUGACACUCCUAGGCGCAUUUUGCGAUGGAAUUUCAUUGGCACGAGCAGUUUCUGAGCUCUGGGUGCAGUACUGCUCCUGAGAAUUCAGAUUAAAACUGCAGAAUGCUAGGAAAGGAGGACCAUUUUUCUGUCCCCCCACUUCCAGCUAUUCUCUGAAGACUGGAGAAGAGACCCCUCUAAAGAAUAUUAGGGUGGUGGGUGGUGGAAGGACUAGACCAGGCAUCCCCAAACUUCGGCCCUCCAGAUGUUUUGGACUACAAUUCCCAUCAUCCCUGACCACUGGUACUGUCCUGAUCAUGGGAGUUGUAGGCCAAAACAUCUGGAGGGCCGCAGUUUGGGGAUGCCUGGACUAGACCAUGUGAAAAUGAACAUAAGAUUUUAGCUGCAGUUCAUUCAUUUUCAGCUUUUUUGUUAUUAAAAAAGAACCUAGACAUUUCGUUGUUGCGCUCAUAACCUAGGUACAAGGUGCAAUUUAGCUCCUAGCUUUCAUAUCUCAGUUUCUAACACUGGAGUGAGUGAGUGAAUGGAUGGGAUUUACCUAGGGCAGGCGUCCCCAAACUCAGCCCUCCAGAUGUUUUGGAACUACAAAGAUGGUCCAAAGAUGGAAGCAAGAAGAAAUGGCAACUAAAGAGGAGUGCCAAGAGAAAUUGAUGAACUAUGUUGAGAUGGUGAGAUUAACCAGGAAAAUUCGGAACCAGCAGGGCCAGACUUUCCUAAAGGAAUGGAAGAAGUUUUCGAUAUAUUUGGAAAGCAAUUGUAACCAAUUGACAUCACUUGUAGGGUUAAAAUAAGUUUUGUAAGGAGUAAUAUAUAAACUAUUGUGAAAAGAACCAAGAAUAGGUAUUAAGAUUUGAAUUUAUAGCAAUAACUAUAGUAACAAAAUGCAUAAUUAGAGAAGAUUUUAGAAAAACCAUCAGUUGAGGUUGAAGUCUUAGGCUGUGAUAGCCAAAGAUUUUGGAAAUGAUGUUUAAAAGAAUGAUGUAUAGGAAAAUAUGUGUAAAAACCAAUAAAAAUAUUAUAAAACAAAAUACAAGUCCCAUGAUCACUAGGUAACAGGACCAGAGGUCAGGGGUGAUGGGAAUUGUAGUCCCAAAACAUCUGGAGGGCCGAGUUUGGGGAUGCCUGACCUAGGCUCACACAAAAACUUCUGCUUAUGCCAUGGGGCUUUCGCUCUCUCCUCCCCCACCACAUGCCCCCCCAAAUUGGCUCGAGAGUCAGGGGAAACCCCAGAACAGCACAAGGGGAGGACCAUUCCACCUGAUAGGCUGAAAUGCUUCUGAGACAGAACGUUCCUAAGAGUGUGACAUUGGAUUCCACCUGGAAUAUUUAAUUAAUGCAAAAUUUCUGUAAAUGUGUUUUAGACUGAUGAACACUGUGAGGUUAGAACAAAGCUAUUACCACACACACACACACACACACACACACACACACACACACACACACUAUGCACAGUUGCAAAAAGACGUAAGAGAAGCAUAUUUAGGCACUGAAGGCUAAAAGGAAGCUUAAAAUGUUUAUGGCAAGAGUCAGAUUUACCCCAGUUCUUUCUGCCUUUCCUGACUUAAUGAGCCACUGGCCUCAAGGCCCAAGAUCUGUUCAGACAGACUAUUUAAUGUUUAUCAUUAAGUUCAACAUUCUGUUGUGCUUAACUGUGCUUCUCUUAUAUUUAGGAUCUGUUUACUAGCAUAUGUAGAAUCAGUAUAAAUAGGAUGGUAUAUCCCUCGGAGAUAAAAUGUAUAAUGUGCCUCUCUUGAACCUUUCCCAUUUAGAUGCACA